AUGAGUAGCAACAAAACCAAGACAAGCUCCUAUACAGUACUUUCCUUUAUUGUUAUUUGCAGCCAAAUACAAAUCUAGGUAUUUUAAGAACUUGAUUUUAUCAUCUCCAAUAACAAUACGAGGGAUGAGACUAACUUUAGAUCCAGGUUAAUUUUGAAUUUUACCAAUAAAAAUGUAUUAUUCAUUAGGAAGAAUGGCAUAUUCUGCAAAUUUAAGCGAUCCUCUCAUUACUUAAAAUCUUUGAUAAAGUGUUAAUGGAGCUUGAGAUUAGAAUUCGCUGUAUUCAAAGUCUUAGGUUAUUUUAUGUAGAUCAUAGAGAAUUGUUACUUUUCCAUGGGUCUUUUAAAUGCUCAAGUUCAUUCCUUGAGGGUUUUUAACAUCAAAUGA